UUUAUUGUUCUAUAAUAUAAUUCUAUGUGGCUGAAUUCCACAUAAUAUUGCCCCUAACUGACACCAGCUACUUGAAAAUAAGCUGCUAAGCCACCGUCAUUCUAUUAAGUUUUUGCUUUUUCAAAUCAAUAUUCUUCACAAAGCAGUAUGAACAGAUUCUAAUAAACAGAAAUGCUAGGUCAGAUCUAUGUUUUUUAAAUCAAACCAUGCCUGAAUUGAUCCUUAUUUGACCCUGGACUGGGUUAGUGGUAAUGGUUAGACUUACCAGGACACAACCCCAAAUAAAACUCACACCCUCAGCGAAGCUGAAGUCAUCCCAUAAUGACAGAUGCUGGAAUAUAAUGGCAGGUAUGUAGGGCUCCUUGUAAUGCAAAGUCGGCAUGUCUGGAAGUCCGUCUCCUCUUGCUGCACAAAAGUGAAUAAACUAAUCAGGCAACAACAUCUUUCAGUUACAGCACUUUGUAAAAGUUAUCAUAGCCCUCUGACAUUUUGUCACAUUAGAAUCACAAAACCCAACAUAUUUAAUUGGGAUUUAAUGUGACAGACCAACACAAAGCUGAACAUAACAAUGAAGUGGAAGGAUAAAGAUGAAGGCUUUUAGAAAUAUUUUACAAAUAAAAAAGUUUUAAAAUGUGUUGCUCUGAUAACCUUGAAUAAAAUCUAUUGGAUCCAUUUGCCUUCCAAGAUUGCCAAAUUAGUUAACGGAGUCCAUCUCUGUGUAAUUAAAUCUCAUUACAAAUGUGAAGGCCUUCUUAUGUGAAAGCUUGUGACAUUUGUUAGUGAACAGUAAAUAUGAAAACAGCAUAAUGAAGACCAAAAAACAGAAGACAGAUCAUGGCUUCUUUGGUCUUCAUUAUGCUGUUCAUUAUCAUGAUCUGACCAAAGAUUUUGACCAAAUACAAAUAUCUGAAACGCAUGUAAUUGUUCUCUAUCGCCAUCUGCUGGCUAAUACAACAGAAACUCUCCAUAAUCCAUAUUUUUGACAGCAGAACUUCGUCAUUUCAGCCACAUCUGUGCAUAUUUGCAUGAACAUUUGUUUAUGCCACUGCUCUGUAGGAAGACCAGGAACUGCUCCGUUCAUGAAGCCAAAACUGGAUCCUCCAUGGAUCAUGUUCAGAUUGACAGACAUGCCUUUUCUCAUGAUUUUCCUCAAUGUGGACACCAUGUCUGGAACAAAAUUAUAUUUUCACAAACUCUUUAGAACUAACUGUAGUGACAUAAGAUCUGACAGGGGUAUGAAUUGUUUUAGACUUAAAUGUAGAUUUAAUUCAAAAGGUUACUCGAAAAACAUCACAUACAUCACGACCUAGAGGGAAAUAAUAAAUAGAUCAACUUAAAACAAAAGUGACGAGAAAGGUAAAUACACAACCUUGAUUAUAUUCUUUGCAAGCUACUGUGUGAUUGGAAUAUUAAGUUUUUUAAAGUACAUAAUAAACAUUUUUAAUCUGAAAAUGUUUUAUUUUGAGCCUAAGAAGGCAUAAUAGGGUCCAUUAUGAAGAAAAUCACCUCUGCCACAAUUAUUUACAUCCCCGUUGUCCACACUUUGUACAAUCCCCUUUUGCCAUCAGGACAACACCUACUCUUUAUUUCAUAAGCCAUUUGUUGGGAAUUUUUUUUAAUUCUCAGUUGUUGUUUUUUUUUUUACUUUAGCACUUCCUCUAAGUGCAGCAGAUACAGAAAGAGGGAUCUUGUUUGAAAUGAGGCAGUACCUUUUGAUAUGAUCCACUAUUGUUAAUGUGGCACCUAAAGACUAUUUGACCAUUAAAAGACACAUCCCUCCAGCUCCUUUCCUCCCCCCCAAACAUUUUAUUUAUUUUACUACUUGUCUUUUGGUUGUUAAUGUUGUGUGGCACUCACAUUUACUUGUAAGUUUAUUUCUGGUGCAAUACUAAUUUACUCCACAAGAUGGCAGUAGUUGCGUAUAACAGAGACACUGACUUAAAAAACUACGCAGGAGAAGUUCAGUGGAACCUUAAGCUGAGUAGGAAGCGUCGCAGCAAAGCCUUUACCGAAGAAGCUCAUUUCUGUUUAAAACAGAGCAGAGGAUCCAACAGCUCACCCAUGGGUGUCCUGAGGACAAGAAAUAAACAGAAACGGAUACAUGCAUUCAUUUGCUUGUGCAUAGUUUGCUUCAUCCUCUAUAAGUAUCUGGGAUUCUUUCAGAGCCCGCCACAAACGGGCUUGAAGAAGACCAGGAAGAUGGGCCUGAACACCAACUCAUCCCAGUUCACCCUGGAUGGGAAGCCCUUCUGCAUCCUUGGGGGAUCUGUUCACUAUUUCCGUGUGCCCAGGCCGUACUGGAGAGACCGGCUGAUGAAGAUGAUGGCCUGUGGCAUCAACACCCUAACUACAUAUGUUCCAUGGAGUCUGCACCAGCCGGAGAAGGACGUGUUCAACUUCCACACACAAUUGGAUUUAGAAGCAUUCAUAUCUCUGGCAGCUGAGCUGGGGUUGUGGGUUAUUUUAUGCCCUGGUCCCUAUAUUUCUGCUGACAUGGACCUGGGAGGACUGCCAAGCUGGCUCCUCAGAGAUGGCAGUAUGAGACUAAGGACCACUCACCCUGGCUUCAUUCAGGCUGUCAACACCUAUUUUGACAAACUUAUACCAAAAGUGGUUCCAUUUCAGUUCACCAAAGGGGGUCCUGUUAUUGCAAUGCAGGUUGAAAAUGAAUAUGGAUCCUUUGCAAAGGAUCAAAGGUACAUGUUAUUCAUUAAAGAGGCUUUACAGUCCAGAGGAAUCAGUGAGGUCUUGCUCACAUCAGAUAACAGCAACUCAUUUAAGUCGGGGGGUGUUGAUGGAGCUCUCCGGGCAGUAAAGCUACAGAAACUGAAUCAGAGAAUCAUCCAGGAGAUGAACUCUGUCAAGCCCAACAAACCUUCCUUGGUGAUGGAAUACUGGACUGGCUGGUAUGAUACAUGGGGGGACCUUCACCAUGUGCUGCCUCCCGAAGACAUGGUGUCCACAGUGAGGAAUAUUCUGAGAAGAGGCAUGUCUGUCAAUCUGUACAUGUUCCACGGAGGAUCCAGUUUUGGCUUCAUGAAUGGAGCAGAUUCUGAUCCUUCCUACAAAGCUUUGGUCUCCAGCUAUGAUUAUGACGCUCCGUUAUCUGAAGCAGGGGGAUACACUGCAAAGUAUUACCUUCUAAGGGAUUUAUUUUCUCAAUUCAACCCAAAAGGACACCGCAUCCCAGACAUACCGAAGUUGCGUUACAGUGAUUCCUACGAAACUGCAGUUAUGUACCAGCAUCUGUCAUUAUGGGAUGCUUUAAGCUUCACUGAGGGUCCUUUUAUGUCCUCCAAGCCAGUAAACAUGGAGAACCUACCUGCAAACAAUGGCAACGGCCAGUCGUAUGGCUACACUCUGUAUGAGACCACCAUCACUAGCGGAGGGAUGCUACAGUCAGGUGACAAUGUUCGGGAUCGUGCCCUGGUGUUUGUAGACAGAAAAUAUAUUGGUCUUUUGAAGCGCCAGAUCCUUGAGCUGGCUGUUCCUGAUGGUAAGGGAGUGCGGACUUUGAGCUUCCUGGUUGAAAACUGUGGACGAGUUCACCAAGGAAAAGACCUUGACAAACAACGUAAAGGUCUGGUGGGGGACAUUUUAUUCAACGGCACCCCCUUGCGGGGUUUUACAACAUACAGCCUGGAUAUGAAACUCAACUUUAUUGAAAGUCUUAUUGAGGCACCUUGGAAAAAUCUCCCAGAAAGUCCCAGCUUUCCUGGAUUUUUCAUGGGAAGGGUGUUUGUGUACAGCUAUCCGAGUGACACGUUUGUGAAGCUGCCAGGCUGGGGAAAAGGUGUUGUGUUCAUAAACGGUCUGAAUCUCGGUCGCUAUUGGUCACUGGGCCCACAGCAGACCCUCUACCUCCCUGGGCCCUUUCUCCACAGUGGAAUAAACCAGAUCAUUAUAUUUGAGGAGAAGGAGGGAGACUACAAUGUCCAGUUUGAAGGUUCACCUGAUCUGGGCAUGGAAGCAGAAAUCGACUGAACAUCUGGGUGUGAAAAUUAUCUACAUCUUGAUGUGUAACAUGUACAAAAUGUUUUGUACUGUGAUUGUAUUUAAAUAAACGGUCAUCAGUGUU